AGAUCAAUAUUGCAAAGACCGCCUUGCUGUUCCCUCUCUGAUUUCUUAAUGAAUACUUGAGUCUGUGAUUGUGGUUACAAUAAUUCUUCCUGUACUAAUAUUGGUGUUUCCUUUGUAAUCGAUAUCGAUUACAAUAUUUGUUUGCUCACAUAGUCGUGAGUGCAUUUAUAUUUUUUUGGCUUUGUGGGUAAUCCAGAUUCAGCUUAUUCACUCGGUGCAAGAAUCUUUGUUCUUUCCCAAAAGAUAACAUCUUCGUCGUCAAGUCUAUUCAAGAACUAGAAGAUGACGGUUGAUUACAACGAGGAUUCAUUGCGUGGGCGCCAGCGUGUGCGCAACGAGACUCGUGAAGACGUUUUCGCUCGGACGGCCUCUGCGGAUCGCGACGGGAACGUGCAGGACUUGGAUGAGCCUCGUCUUGCUUUGGAGGAGAUCUGCACGUGCGGGCGCCACCAUUCUCCGCAACCGCCGCCGACGCUGCGCAAGCCGCUGCCGUUCAGUGGAACGCCGGAAAGCAAGAGGUUUCGCGAUUACGACGACAACGAGCGCCGCGCCGCGAUUGCGGAGCAAAAUGCGCAAGCCCGGUUUGAAUCGGCGGACUACCCUCUGGUACACGGAGACAUGAAGGACUCGGAAAGCACCUUCAAACACGAUUACAGGCAGUGGGAACUCCAGAAACGCGAGAAGCCUGCGCCCCCGGAACUCCGCAAGCCCUUGCCGUUUAUAGGAGUACUCAUACUAGAAUUUAUAGGAACUCUGAAUGACAAACAUGAUGCUGGAGCGCCUAACGAACUUCAGAGCAUUUCUUUGUGACUAGCUGAAGAAAGUGCUGAGCAAGUCAUAUCCUAGAUACAUUCUGGAUACAGGAGUAGGUGAAUGUGUUAUUUUCGUAAGUAGUGAAUUAAAUAUUGGCGUUGAUGGCGAUCGUAGCUGAUUCGUGUGUAUCCCUUUCUGUCUUGGCAUUUCAAUUUGUUUUCCCCUAUUUUUGUAGGAGUCGGAGAUGCACUCGCAGCAUCGUCCUUGGGAUAAGUCGGAGGCCCGUAAUGCAAAGCGUGAGUAUUGCAAGAUGAAGGACUCCAACGAUUUGUUUAAGAACAAUCAAGGUGCCGAGGAUGCAUACAGCUCAACGCAGGCGCGUGACUACACGCCGAAGGAGGCAGAGCGACGCGAGCGCCCCCCGCCACCCUCCCUGCGCCAGCCGCUUCCGUUUAAGGGGGAGUCAUUAUCUCGCGCCGACUUCGCGGACUACACCAACGUUGAUGCCCGUCGCGAGCAGUGCGAUCGCGCAAAGAACGUCAGCGACGAUAAUCCCCUUUACGGGCGUCUGGGAAAGGGCAAGAGCGAACCGAAGGACUACGCUUCUUCGUACCACACCGAUUACGUCCCUAAGGAACUGCCGACUCGCAGCCGCCCGAAUACAGCCGACACCGCCAUGCGCAAGCCGCUGAAGUUUCAGGGGGUACUGCAUUAUUCGCUUGAUAUAAUGUUGUAAGUACAUGACGUUAGUAUUCGUAGGGCUGGCGCUAGCUUGAAUGUUGCGAGUGGUUCCAUUUAUAUUUAGGUUGAUUUCGUUCCCAGACGAGGUAGUUAGUCAUAGAGCCCUUUGAAUCUUAGGUUAUCCAAAACAAUCACAUCUAUCUAAUCAACCUAUGCAAUAGAUCAAAUUCAAAUUGCUAGCGGGGGUAAUCUUGAUACAGGUAGAUUGAAGUACUAGAAAUAAUCUCGCCUACCCUGUUCUCAAUGACUACUGUGUGCAAUUUUAUGAAAUCAGGAAUCGGAAAAUCGCUCUCGUCUUCGAGAAUUCUCACCGGACGAGGCGCGUGCCGCAGUGCGAGACCCAUGCAAGCUGAAAGAUAGCGGCGGAUUCUUUGACGGCACAGCCGGGGACUACAGUACGACCAACAAGCGCGACUACGUGCCGAAGGAAGCUGAGCGCCGAGAAAAGCCGGCGGCUCCUCCAUUGCGCAAACCCCUUAAGUUUGAAGGUAAUAGAAGUUUAUAGUCUCACAGCUUCAUCUUCAUCUAAAUUCAGUUUCCAUGUCGUGUUUUUAUGCGUUGAAGAACUAUGUUUGUUCGAAAACUGUGACCGUGUCCAGUGUAUGACCCAAUGUUUUUACAUCCGAGCGAUGUACUCAUUUUACUACAGGUUCGGCUUUGUCGCAGGAGAGCUAUCAGCCAUGGGACGGGGACAACAGACGCCAGCAGUGCGGACGGGCGAAGCAUGUCUCCGCGGACCAUCCUCUCGUGGCGCGCUUGAACCAGGGUACGAAGUACACUUCCGAAAUGAAUGAAAAGUUCCAAUUCCAAGAGUGCCCUGCCGUUGCACUCCUUCGGGAAACUCCUCUGCCGCAGCGUCUGGCGCCCAACCGCACUUACACUUAUUGGGAUAAGAAGGAGCAGUGUUGGGUGUAGACGAAUUGAAUUCAAAGUUGCGUCGGCGCCUUAUUCGAGGAUAUGUUCGAUUUUGGUUUGGUAAGUUUACGAGUUGGAAGAUGCAAUUGCUGUAAUGAUGUAUGUCUGUUCUGCGUAGCCAUAGUCCUGCAAGGCGAAUAGAAGCAUGUAGUAUGGCUACCGAGAUGAUUUGAUUAGAUCUUUCUCAGAAAUCGAGAGGCUAUUGUCUUCCUUGGAAUGUACCUGUAACACAAAGUGAGUCCUUACAUGAAUAGUGCUGACUUCCUUGCCAUGGAGGAACUACAACUCGAGCUCUAUGCCUCGUGGAGUUUAAGAUUGGUUUUUUAAUUUUUCGUUGUGGAGGUCUUAAAUACAUAAUGAAUAGAUUUGGUUCCGUUUUCAAAUUUCCUUUAUGAAAGAUUCCCUAUUGUAUUUUCGUUGAGAUGUAACGCAAUCAGCGGCAAAGAUGAAUAGAUGGAGUCUGCACCAUUAUUUUUUAUUCUUGCUUCGGAAUGGGAGCAGUGCUCUGCUGAAUAUGUUAGUGUGCUGAAGUGACAGCAGGAAGUGAUAUGGCUGGAUAGUACACAGAGCAAAUGGAUGAUUGGCAACGAAAAAGAGUAAGCCUGGCGGUGAUGCACAGUAUUGAAACAUGGUCUGUUUUGGC